CAACUCUCACUGCGCGCGCCGCAUGCGGUUGUCGUCACACGCCCACCUCCCUGCUUCGUUCGUACGUUCCCACUACGGCUUGGAUACACGCUCAGUGCUCUGUCAAAUAGCGAUCUGUUAACGCGUUAUAUCGCUCAUCGAGUUUCCUUUCGUAAAAUAAGUAGCAUGUGAAUGCGACGUUUUUCAUAGUUCAACACGCAACGAGUGAAAUGUUAUUCGUUCACUGACCAUACCGCAUCGGCCUAGCUCCUGGAUACUCUUCAUGAGGAUCUGACCGCUUCGGAUUUUAUUUAAUAAGUGUCUGCGUUCUUCAUCUCGUUAUGAUUAUUAGAAUAUUAUGGCUUCUACUACUAGUGAUUGUUUCAGUAAGCCCCUGGACAUUAGGUAACCCAAUAUUCCUACAGAAGCCUGGUAAGCCAAACAGACCUGUGAUAAAAUGGAAUCCUCCAACGGACACGUGGAACUGGACUACGAAUCCCCGAAACGAGGAACCGUUUUUUGUACCAUCAAAUUUUACACAUAAAUUGCCACCAUCGGCCAAUGAAACCGAACUCAUAGCUCACAUGGCAGCUUUGAAACGUAACUAUUCGCGGCUCCUCUGGGAUAACGAUAAAGGCACGAAUUUACCUAUGUUCGUUGAAAAAGCAUUAAAACUACUCAACUUGAAACAGGUUUAUUACGAAGUCGAGCAUUCGGUGAUGUCCAAAGUGUCGUGCACAGCAUGUAAGGCAGGCGCAGGACUGCUGCAGCACUAUAUAAGGCUCGGUAAAAGUAAAGACGAAAUCAACAAAAUGAUUUUUCAAUUUUGCGUUUCUUUGAAGAUUCAAUCCGCCCGCGUUUGUGAAGGAAUAACGAGAUUAUUCGGGAGCGAAGUGGUAUAUGUUUUGAAAAGAAUAACAAUUGGCCCGGACGAAAUAUGUAGUUUUGUGAUUGGUGACGCUUGUGGCGAUGUUUAUAAUCCAUAUCACGAAUGGGAAGUGGCUUUCCCCCCGGUGCCAAAGCCGACCGUGCGACCUCUCGAAUCACCGUUAGAAAAGGCUCCCACAUUCAAAGUAUUGCAGAUUUCAGAUACGCACUUCGAUCCUUAUUAUGCAGAAGGUGCUAAUGCCGAGUGUAAUGAACCACUUUGUUGUCGUGCAUCUAACGGACCCGCACUGACCCCGGGUGGCGGAGCAGGACGUUGGGGAGACUAUAGAAAAUGUGACACACCGAAGCGCACUAUUGAUCACAUGUUGAAGCACAUCGCUGACACACAUACAGACAUAGACUAUAUAUUGUGGACCGGAGAUUUACCACCACAUGACGUUUGGAAUCAAACGAAGGAAGAAAAUCUCAAGGUUUUACAAGAGACUGUUGCACAAAUGUCUGAUAUGUUUCCUGGAGUACCAAUUUUCCCAGCUCUAGGAAAUCACGAAUCUUCUCCAGUAAAUAGUUUUCCACCGCCCUACAUAUCUUCGCCGGACCAAAACAUCGCUUGGCUAUAUGACGAACUUGACACGCAAUGGCGACGUUGGCUUCCUGCUGGCGUGUCGCACACCGUACGCCGGGGCGCAUUCUACUCGGUACUAGUGAGGCCUGGCUUCCGUAUAAUAUCGCUUAACAUGAACUACUGCAAUAAUAAAAACUGGUGGCUAUUGAUGAACAGCACAGACCCGGCCACGGAGCUGCAGUGGUUGAUUUACGAAUUGCAGUCGGCUGAAUUCAGCGCAGAAAAAGUCCACAUCAUAGGUCACAUACCCCCCGGACAUUCCGAUUGUUUGAAAGUGUGGAGUCGAAAUUACUACGCUAUCAUUAACCGAUACGAAUUAACGAUAACGGCUCAAUUUUUCGGACAUACACAUUUUGAUGAGUUUGAAGUAUUCUAUGAUCCAAACGACCUCGGUAGAGCAACAAGUAUAGCGUAUGUUGGGCCUUCUGUAUCACCAUAUUACGAUUUAAAUUUGGGAUACAGAAUCUACUAUGUAGACGGUGACCACGAGGAUACUACUAGGCAAGUGGUCGACCACGAAACAUGGAUUAUGAAUUUGAAAGAAGCAAAUCUGUUUGGAUAUCCGAUAUGGUAUAAGUUGUACUCGGCCAGGUCUGCGUACCUGAUGCCGGCGUUGCGACCGCAAGACUGGGACAAGUUUAUUGACGACAUGACCGCGAAAGAAGAUGUUUUCAAUUUGUAUUACAAACACUAUUGGAAGAACAGUCCCCGCAGAGGCAUGUGCGACAGUGAAUGUCGCAAGCGAUUGAUUUGCGACGCGCGGUCUGGACGAUCACACGACCGAAGGGCCCUCUGCGUUCACAUCGAAGCACGCAUCGACGGCGCCGCACCCACUCCACAGACUUGGAGAGCUUGGCUAUAUAAUGGCUUGUCUGUUUCAGAUGAACCUAGCGUACAACAAGUAUAAUGGUGGUGGAUUUGCUUAUUGAUUCCAGGUCUUAUUUUAAGGAUGUCUAUGAUAAUGCAAUUGCCUCAAGUUGCCUAUCAAAUACCAAAGUUCGUGCUGGGACUCGGCUGAAUGUGAAAUCUUUCAGCUUUGGAAAUGAUGAAUUAUACCACCGGUUAUCUCAUGACACAUUAUAUUCUGAUUUAAAAACAAAUUCACUUUUAAUAUAAUAAAGUGCCUUAUUCAAAUGUCACUAAGUAUUUGUUAUGUAUAGUAAUAAAACAAUAUGUUUUUUGAGAUUUUUACAUAUAAUUUAUAUAAUUCAGCGCCUUAGUCAUAACAUCGGUGGAUCAAUUUAAAAGUACCAAUGUAGUUUGUAAAUACUAUAUGUAAAUAUUAAUUUUAGAUGUCCCUAUAAAAUUAAAAUUAAAGACUUAAUU